UUUCUUUUUAUAAACGUUUUUUAAGAAACAGUUCUACAACACUUUUCUUUAGCGAGUAUCUAAACCAUUUCUGACAUCACAGCUCCCAUUGGAAUUUGACAGUUCAUUGCUAAAUAAAUUCUUCAAGUUCUUUUGCAAACCAAUCUGUUGAAUUAAUUUAGAAAUUAUUUUUUAAAGUGUUAUUUAGUGGGAUUUUGUGCACAUAUUAAAAUUAGUUAAUUUGUCUUGAAUAAAACAAAAAUAUGGAGGAUAUAUUUCAUUGGUGCCGUGAGGGAAACUCAAUACAAGUACGCCUUUGGCUUGAAGAUACUGGCAAUGAUAUGAAUUUAGGUGAUGAUCAUGGCUUCAGCCCCCUGCAUUGGUGUGCCAAAGAAGGCCAUACAAAAUUGGUGGAAACCUUGAUACAACGUGGCGCACGCGUUAAUGCCACCAACAUGGGCGAUGAUAUUCCCCUACAUCUUGCCGCUGCACAUGGACAUCGCGACAUUGUGCAAUUACUAAUUCGUGAGCGCUCCGAUGCCAAUGCUGUAAAUGAACACGGCAAUACGCCGCUGCAUUAUGCCUGCUUCUGGGGUUAUGAUAUGAUCUGUGAAGAUCUAGUCAAUGCUGGUGCGCUCGUUUCAAUUGCCAACAAAGAUAACGAUACGCCGUUAGAUAAAGCCAAAGCAGGUUUAUCAAAGCGUCUGCAGGAUUUGGCUGAGCGAAAUGGUCAUGACAUUAAGAAAAUAAGCUUUAAAGAACAAAGUUGGUUGGGCACCAAAACACGUUCACGCGACGCUACACUCUCACGCUUUAAGGGUAUUAAUUUGGGCGAAUUGGAUUUGCAUACAAAAAUCGCCAGUACGCCGUCGGGUGAGACAUGGCGUGGCCGUUGGCAGAAGAACGAUGUUAUAGCAAAAAUUUUAGCGGUGCGUCAAUGCACAGCGCGCAUAUCGCGUGAUUUCAACGAGGAGUUCCCAAAGCUGCGCAUUUUCUCACAUCCAAAUAUAUUGCCUAUCAUUGGCGCAUGUAAUCAACCACCAAAUCUAAUUACAAUUAGUCAGUUUAUGACACGUGGUUCACUCUUUAAUUUGCUACACCGUGCUACUGGUAUUGUCGUGGAUACGGCGCAAGCAGUGCGUUGCGCCUUGGACAUAGCACGCGGUAUGGCGUAUCUGCACUCACUAGAACGCAUCAUACCAACCUAUAACUUGAACAGUCAUCACGUGAUGAUCGAUGACGAUUUGACCGCGCGCAUCAAUAUGGGCGAUGCGAAAUUCUCCUUCCAAGAGAAGGGUCGCAUUUACCAGCCGGCCUGGAUGUCACCGGAGGCGCUGCAACGCAAACCGGGCGAUCGGAAUUGGGAGGCGUGCGACAUGUGGAGCUUCGCCAUAAUCUUGUGGGAGCUGACAACGCGUGAAGUGCCGUUUACCGAAUGGUCACCCAUGGAGUGUGGCAUGAAGAUUGCCUUGGAGGGUUUGCGCGUGAAAAUACCGCCGGGCACGUCGGCGCACAUGUCGAAACUCAUCACGAUCUGCAUGAAUGAGGAUGCCGGCAAGCGACCGAAAUUCGAUAUGGUCAUACCGAUUUUAGAUAAGAUGAAACGCUAAAGUGUUUGAGAGAAAAAAAUAAAUAUUACCACAGCUGCCUUUAUAUGAAUUUGCGCAGAGCGUUUCUAGCACAUUUUCACUUAAAAAUAAAACAAAAAUAUAAAUGUGUGUUGUAUUUAAGCCAAGCACAACGAAAAUGCCAACUAAUUGAAUAAAUACAAAAUUACCAUUUGCUGCAUGCGGCGCAAGUGUUUGCCUGGUGUUUACAUAACACCGCUGCAUGUGGUUGCCUUCGCCAAACCACAAAAGUGCCUAAAAUCGUUGGAAUUUUCAAUUAACGCAUAAAAUUUAACUCAACUUAAACGCAUAUUAUAAAAAAUAAUUGCACAAAGUAUAUUUAGUAAUUUAUAACAAUUUUUUAUUUCAUAAUUUAUAUAUAUACAUAUAUACAAACUAUUUAUAAAUCAGCGUUGACCGCACGUAAAUGUUGCAUGUUGUGUAAUUAAGUCAAUUUCUCUUUGUGGCAACUGUGUCACGUCAAAUUCUGCAACUACAACAACUAUAACUACUAUUCACCAAAUGACGCAUAAUAAUUAAUUUAUUUAAUAUAUUUAUAUGUAUUUGUUUACUAAACUCUGCUAUUCUAAGAAGCGAAUUUAACUUUUAGCUGUUUAACGGUGCUCUAACUGUAUUUAUAAUGCCACCACAGUUGUAUUUCGUUAAUUUUAACUACUUUCAACGCCCACUGAUUUAUGUUUGUAUUGUUUUUGUACUCAUCUCGAUAAUAAAAAUAAAUUUUUUGUUAUUACUGUUA